AUGAAUCUUUAUGUUGCUUUGGCUUAUGCCCUGAUAUUUUUUGGACAUGCAGUGGCGGAUGACAUUGAUGAUCCAUUUUUGGUAUCCUCCGGAGCCAAGCUUCAGGCGUUUGAUUCCCCAAAGAUUAUAACUCUGUUUUCGCAGCCUCAAUCGAUACAAUCUAUCAUACCAGAUCGAUCUUCAGAUAUUUCGAUGGAAGAAAAGUGUAAAUUAAUAUCUGCCGAUAAGCAACAGCCAUCGCCAUCGUUAUCGCCGUUUAUGUUUAUCCUUCCAUCCUCCGAGGCGCCUACAAGGUCGUUUCCGUUUCCCCCUUCUAAGGCGGUUGUUACAGCUACAGUUACUUCUGCUUUUCAGAUUGAAAAUUUUAUACAAUCGCUUGCAAUACUACUUGGAAGUGGGAAGAUUUCUACAUCUGCAUCAUUAUCUCUUCCCACGGCAGAUUGCAAGAAAUCGCCUAAAGCAACCACCUCUGUCGUUCAUAUUACCAGCACUGUGAUUAAAACCACGCAGGGGUGCUUUUUUCCUACUUCAACGAUUCCGCUUGCUAGCAAAAAUGUUUGUCCCAUUUUAAGUGACUCUUCUUUAUCCAUUUCUUUGUCUUCAGUCGGAUCAUCUUCACAUUCGGUCGAAUUAUUUUCCACUUUGGCUAAAUCUGCUUAUUUAUCUUCGGUUAGGUCUUCUUCUACAGCAUUCAGCUUGAAUCCCACGCAAAGCUCGUUUACGGCUGCAACGCAUAUCUAUCCAUCAUCAUUACCUUCAAGUCCAACUACAGUUACCAUUUCAGCAUGCCAAGCCCAGAUAAGUCAACAAAGCCAGAUAAGUAAACAAGCCCAGAUAAGCCAAGAAGCCCAGAUAAGUAAACAAGCCCAGAUAAGCCAAGAAGCCCAGAUAAGUAAACAAGCCCAGUCAGGCCAGCAAAACAAGUCGAAUGUAUUUACCGCAAAUUCCAGUCAAGACUAUUGUCUUAUGAUUACGAUUCCCAAUGGCAAUGGUCAAAAUAUGGUCAUCCAGGUUCCAAAAUCGGAUAAUAAAUGCCUAAUUUAA